AGGGACCGAUCGCAGUGAUGCUCAGAACGAGUAGCCAUUAUUGACUUCACAAAUAAUUAAUUUCAGGAAGAAGGUCUUGUAAUAUUGGUCGAGGUUUACAGUUUUCAUUAACAUUUUGCUCAUAUCACAGUACAUUUGGUUUUAUUUAUUUAUUAUUGGGUAGCACAGCCUACAUGGAUUUAUACGGGAAGAUGGCUGCCACUCAGGGGACCACUCAAGGGAAGGAGGGCGGGGACCAGAACUUUGACUACAUGUUCAAGCUGCUGAUCAUUGGGAACAGUAGCGUGGGUAAAACCUCCUUCCUUUUCCGCUACGCUGACGACGCCUUCACCUCAGCCUUCGUCAGCACCGUGGGCAUCGACUUCAAAGUCAAGACUGUCUACAAGAACGACAAGAGGAUCAAACUGCAGAUCUGGGACACGGCGGGACAGGAGCGGUACCGGACCAUCACCACUGCAUACUACCGCGGAGCCAUGGGCUUCAUCCUUAUGUAUGACAUCACCAAUGAGGAGUCCUUCCAUUGUGUGCAGGACUGGUCGACCCAGAUAAAGACCUAUUCGUGGGACAACGCCCAGGUGGUGUUGGCUGGGAACAAAUGUGACAUGCAGGAGGAGAGGGUGGUGGCUGCAGACAGCGGGAGACAACUGGCAGAACAACUGGGUUUUGAGUUCUUUGAGACGAGUGCCAAGGACAACAUCAACGUCAAGCAGACCUUCGAGCGCCUCGUUGACAUCAUCUGUGACAGGAUGUCCGAAAGCCUGGACACUGACACCGCUGUUACUACGGGAACACCCAGCACCAAACUGACAGACAGCGCCCCGCCCCUCCAGCAGCCCGCCUGCAACUGUUAGUGGCUCCUCCCACUUCCUGUGUUGCCAAGAUACCCAGUCCCUUAGAUGUAGUCAGCAUCCCAAAUGACAUCCUAUUCCCUAUAUCAGAGUUUCUUAAACUAUGGGUCGGGACCCAAAGUGGGGCCUGGGCAUGUGAGAGGUGGGUUGCGAGUUAUCAGAAUACUAUAAUCUAUAAUCACACACAAUUUCUUCUUAAUUUGAGUCGUUGGAGGACGAUUUGGGUCAUGGGAGGAUGGUACAUUUUUCAUUUGGGUCUCGAGCUGAAAAGGUUUAAGAACCCCUGCCCUAUAUAAUGCACUACUUUUGAGCAGGGCCCACAUAGUGCUCUUGUCAAAAGUAGUGCACUAUGUAGGGUAUAGGGUGCCAUUUUGGAUACAGACAUAGUUUUAAAGGUACAAUGCAGACAUUUUUUAAAUCUUAAUAUCAUAUAAUUUCUUGGUAACAAUAAAGUACCUUACUGUUAUUGUUUUCAAUUAAAAUGGUAAAAAAGAAACCAAAAUAGCUUCUUAGCAAAGAGCAAUUUCUCAAGCAAGAAAU